AUGGAUGUGAAGCUCAUGCUCAGGGCGUUGAAGCUGGGCGAGCAGGGAAGGCGAAUCACGGCUCCGAAUCCUUGGGUGGGCGCCAUCGUCGUCGGCGCUGAUGGAACGGUGUUGGGCGAGGGCUUCCACAAGGGCCCCGGCUGCCCCCACGCGGAGGUGGAAGCUUUUCGGGAUGCUGAAGCCAAAGGUGUCACGGACUUCUCCGGGGCCACGAUAUUCAGCACGCUGGAGCCCUGCCAUCGCGGGCCGGGCAAGCGCACGCCGCCCUGCGACGAACUCGUGGUCUCGAAGAAGGUGAAGAGAUGCGUCAUUGGCCACGUCGAUCCUGACGAGCGCUUUGGUGGCGCCGGCGUGCAGUUUAUUCGAGACGCUGGAAUCCAGGUGGAUGUGGGCAUUGCGGAGGACCCUAUUCGCCGAUCCUUCCGGAGUUACCUUCACCACCGCCGGACGGGCAGGCCUUAUGUCGUUCUCAAGAUUGCGACCAGCUUGGAUGGCCGAGUCGCUUGCCAGGACAAGACGUCCCAGUGGAUCACCCAGGCCCCUGCGAGACAGGAUGCGCACCGGCUCCGUGCUGAAUCACAAGCAGUGCUUGUGGGUAGUGGCACUGCCUUGGCUGAUAGGCCAAGCCUCACCGUUCGUUUGGAGGGUGAGCCGGCCCCUGCAAAGCCGCCGAUGCGUGUGGUCCUGGACUCCCGUGGCCAAGUGACCGAGGGCCCGUUGAUGGACACGGCCACUGCGCCGACGCUCAUCUUCACGAGCCGCGAGCGCUGCAGCGAGCUCGCCAAGAAGAGGUGGCAGGAGUGCGGUGUUGAAGUUCAUGAAGUUCCAUUGGUUGGAGAGCACCUCGACCUCGAUGCAGUGCUGGCAGCUCUGGGCGCCCGGGGUGUGCUCCAGCUGAUGGUUGAGGGUGGCGCUGUUCUGCAGGGUCAGCUGCUCCACCUCAACCUGGUGCAGGAGCUCCGUGUUUACUUUGGCGCCACCUUGCUCGGCUCAAGCGCGCAAGCCUGGGCACAGACUCCGUUGACCUCCACCAUCAAGGAGGCACGUUUCUGGACAUUGCGGGACCUCCGCCGAGUUGGUAAUGACGUUUGCCUGGAGUACGAGCGGACUGAAGCCUCGGAUGCUUGA